CAUUGAAAUAUAAAUACAGGGGAAAUAAAUUCAUCAAAUUAUAUAUAUAGAGCUGAUUGAGAAAAGAGAAGGUUUGGAAUUGCUGUGCUAGCUCUCUCCCUCUCUUUCUUGGUUCUUGUUUUGUUCUUUCACAAAUUAUAUAAGAGAGGGAGAAACCAAGCCAAGCUUCUUUCAUUAUCUUCCUUCUUUAUCAACACUCCUCUUACAUUACAUGUAUGUAUGUAUAACAGGUCCUGUUGGUGUGUGCUGUAAAAUUUUGGAACUUGUAUGUAGAUUUAAAAAACUAUCCUUUUUUUUUUCUACGUUUGCUCUUCUGAAACUGGCCUUCUAUAGACGAUACAGAGGCGGAUUCAAGAUUUUAGACUAACGAGUUCAGUGUGUUGUUGUAUCCACUACUCCUUUCCUUUGUGACAAUAGGUAUCCUUAUUUCAUCUGCUGGAAUGGGACAGCAACAAUUAGCAGAAGCUACUUUUGUGAGCUGAGUUAGAAAAAUGGGUGCUUGUGUAUCAACUCCAGGCCAUACAAUCAAAGUACAGAAGAAACACCAUCGUCACCAUAGAAAAUUCCGUGGAAAGAAUUUAAUCUCUCUUGCAGAAGGAACUAGGAGAAGAAAGAGUGAUGUAGGACCACAUAUUGCUGUUAGUGAGUUUGUUAGAAGAUCUGAGGUCUCCAGUUCCAAAUACCAUCUCACUCAGACUCAGUUGCAGUGGCAUCAUACUCAAUCAGAUGCUAAUGUUCUUAGCCAAGAAGAAGCAUGGUUUGACACAUACAGCAAUGUUGAGUCUGACUCAGACGAUGACGAUGACUUCAGUAGCGUCCACGGAGAUCUUUUUCCUAAACCUGGACAAGUAGUUCAAUAUGAAACAUCGUCGUGCUUUAUGGAUAGCAAACUUAAGUACAAGGAGUACCACGAACGAUAUCUCAAGAUAGACGGCAGUAGAACAGACAAGUUUUUGCUCAAAGAUGGAGUUAAUAGUCCAAAAGGACUUGCACUUAUAGGUGGUCACGGCUAUGAAGUUCCGUCCCUUGGGACGCAUGAAGUCCUUGGAGCCCAAAGGAAGAGAUUUUUGGACCGCGCUUAUGGAAGUUUUAAUAGUGUUAAAGAGGAUAAAUUUGGUGUGCAGGAGAAAACUCAAGAGAAUGUGCUCAAGACUGUCUUACCAAAGCUGGUUACUUCCUUGAGUUUCAAUGAAAAGAUUAUUAGUUCAUCAAAUUCAGGCCACGUUUCUCAAGUAAAGCAAUCGACUAUUAGGCUUUCUCUAACGAGAACAUCUGUGGAUGGAAAAGAAGAAAAUAAGUACUGUUCAUCGAAAAAAUAUCUUUAUCGUCCCAAGGCCGGGCUCCAAAUUCCUUGUAAAAGUACAGAAGAAAAGCUAACAGCAGGAAGUUGGUCAAAGAUUGAUCCGUCCAACUUUAAGCUCCGUAGUGACAGUUAUUUCAGAGACAAGAAAAAAUCACCAGCACCAAAUGUGUCUCCUUAUACUGCUAUUGGUGUUGAUUUAUUUGUGUCCCCUAAAAAGAUCAACCAUAUUGCACAACACCUUGUGCUUCCCUCUGUAAAAGGAGAUGGGAAAUUUCCACCAUUACUAAUUGUUAAUAUUCAGUUGCCUACUUAUCCUGCUCCAAUGUUCGUCGGUGAUGCUGAUGGUGAAGGCUUAAGCCUUGUAUUAUAUUUCAAAAUUUCUGAAACUUUUGACAAAGACAUUUCUCCCCAGUUUCAGGACAGCAUCAAGAGAUUAGUUGAGGAUGAUAUGGAAAAGGUAAAAGGAUUUGCAAGAGAAUCAUCUGUUCCUUUUAGAGAGAGGUUGAAGAUUAUGGUUGGGGUGGUUAAUCCAACUGAGCUUGUUUCAAAUGCUACUGAAAGUAAGCUUUUAAAUGCUUACAAUGAGAAGCCUGUGCUUUCGCGCCCUCAACACACCUUUUAUCAGGGUCCAAAUUACUUCGAAAUUGAUCUUGACAUUCAUCGCUUCAGCUACAUUGCAAGAAAAGGACUCGACUCUUUUAGGGAGCGUUUAGGAUUUGGAAUACUGGAUCUUGGUCUAACAAUUCAGGCACAGAAGCAAGAAGAGCUACCAGAGAAAGUGCUUGGUUGUUUGAGAUUAAACAAGAUUGACUUUGUUGAUCAUGGCCAAAUACCAACACUUAUGUGUGUUGAAGAUUCAAGUUCAGAUUGAUAUUGCUACUAGCACCUGCAUCUGGUAUGGAGGAGGCUUCAAAUAGCCCCCUUGUAAUUAAGCAAUUCCGGCUUUCUAUAAAUGACAUAAAAGAAUUCUAUAAGAGGCGAAAAAUAUUUUAUGUAAUAUGCGAAAUACUACUAUAUCAUGUUAAUACAACAAUUUGGUAACACCCAAAAAAGUUUUGCUGAUAAAAUGUGAAAAGGUCUUAUAUA